CUUGGGGGGAUAAGCCGAUCAAACACACGCUGUAGAUCAGCUCUUCGAUGACUCUCACCAGCUUCAUAAUUAUAUUCAUCUUGAAGCUCUUUUUCGUCCAGUGUUGACCUUUCGUCCUAUUAAUCCGUCAUAUCCACAGUGUUAUUGGCGAUAGAGUUAUCGACUUUCCUCAUCGGGAUACUGACCCCUGCUGCCAAGGGCCUUAUAUGCCGAUCACUUUCACGGGAGCAUGAUAAGGUUAAUGCUUCUUCUAAAUGCCGAACUAGACUACGGAACAACGGAGCUUAGUACCAGAAAGGCAGGUCCGCCUAUUCGCAAAGUCCGAAGAUACAACCAAGCAAGCUUAUCGCGGGAUAGUAACCAGAGAGGCAGGUAAGAAAGCACAACAACAUCCAUAGCUAUGUUGGAUUCUCAAAUAUAAAAGGAUGAUGAUGGACUAUUCGAAGUAGUCUAUCAUCAACCACUCUUCACUCUUCAACUCUCUUCUCUUGGAUAUCUAUCUCUUCACUAUGGUCAAGUUCGCUUCCGUCGUUGCACUUGUUGCUCCCCUGGCUGCUGCCGCUCCUCAGGAGAUCCCCAACAUCGUUGGCGGCACUUCUGCCAGCGCUGGCGACUUUCCCUUCAUCGUGAGCAUCAGCCGCAACGGUGGCCCUUGGUGUGGAGGUUCUCUCCUCAACGCCAACACCGUCUUGACUGCUGCCCACUGCGUUUCCGGAUACGCUCAGAGCGGUUUCCAGAUUCGUGCUGGCAGUCUGUCUCGCACUUCUGGUGGUGUUACCUCGUCGCUUUCCUCCGUCAGAGUUCACCCUAGCUACAGCGGAAACAACAACGAUCUUGCUAUUCUGAAGCUCUCUACUUCCAUCCCCUCCGGCGGAAACAUCGGCUAUGCUCGCCUGGCUGCUUCCGGCUCUGACCCUGUCGCUGGAUCUUCUGCCACAGUUGCUGGCUGGGGCGCUACCUCUGAGGGCGGUAGCUCUACUCCCGUCAACCUUCUGAAGGUUACUGUCCCUAUCGUCUCUCGUGCUACCUGCCGAGCUCAGUACGGCACCUCUGCCAUCACCAACCAGAUGUUCUGUGCUGGUGUUUCUUCCGGUGGCAAGGACUCUUGCCAGGGUGACAGUGGCGGCCCCAUCGUCGACAGCUCCAACACUCUUAUCGGUGCUGUCUCUUGGGGUAACGGAUGUGCCCGACCCAACUACUCUGGUGUCUAUGCCAGCGUUGGUGCUCUCCGCUCUUUCAUUGACACCUACGCUUAAAUACCUUGUUUAAGUGCCGAGAUGUUCUUUGGAUAUUCUCUAGCUUGAGCCCUGGAUACGAAACCUGUUUGAGAAAUAGGUUUCAGCGAGUUAAGAAGAUAUGAGUUGGUUUCAGUUGGAUCUUAGUCCUGGUUGCUCGUAAUACAGCAAUCUAGAUAGCCCAAAUUGAAUAUGAAAUUUGAUGGAAAUAUUCAUUUCGAUAGAAGCAACGUGAAAUGUCUAGUAGGACAAAAAGUAAAUCAAUGCUGUUAUGUUCCCCGACCUACCUACCUUGAUGUCAGUCUGCGA